UGUUAUUGUUUAUGUUUGUGCAUGGUUUUGAUUUUGGCGACGGCCGCGACGGCUGAUUCGGCGAAUGUUGCGGUUCAGCAGUUGUAAGGUUGCAAGGUGGACCGGAACUUGCCAAGUUUGACGAAACAGUUAUGUUCGUUCCGAAGAAUAACAAACUCGCAUCGAAGCAUGCCCUGCCCCUCAUCGCAAAAGGAAAAACGAAGUUGGUGACGAAGCUUCCGAACAGCAACUGUGGCGAACCGGGCAGCGGGCGGUGGACGUGGAAUGAUCCUGAAGAAUAACUUUGGCGAAUCGGAGCUCGUUCGACAAUCCAAAAAAAGUAUAACCGGAUGUUGAAUUCAUACGGAAGAGUAUGCGCAACAGUUACGUUCCCAAGCCGGAAGAACUCGAAGGAGGACCGCGUUGAAGUGCAGUCGCUGAAGGCCUUUAACGUGCCCCGCCCACGCGUUGCGGUUCGUUCCGCCGAUGAGGUGCAGUUAUUCCGCAAAAACAUGCAUAGGUAAUACCGUGCUCCAUCCAACGCAGGAAAACUUCCCCGAGAUCAACAAAGCCUCCCCCCGCCGACCGCCGGGGGGUUGGCCGAUUGCGCUGUCCGGACGCGAGCUUCCACUCCAGCGAGAUAAUGAUCAGAAGCCGAACAUCCGCAUCUUUGACAGCACGCUGAAUUGAUCGUAGGUUCGCGAUUUGAAUCGUGGCUUUAAGGGGGUGAUUGCUACGCCGGGACGUUUGACCAAUUUCCCGGAGCGAUGCAUCUCGAAUCUGCGCUGUUACACGUACCUAGAGGUGGAUCUGAUACUGGACAUGGGCUCAGACAAGAAAAAUAACCGGGCAGUUCCGGCCGGUGCUGAUGUAGAAUGCGACGUGGCCGAAGGAAGUUUUGGCGUUGGCGGAGGAUGGGCACGGAGCGACGAAUAGCACCUUUUAGGACAAGCAGACGGCGUACUGCCCCAUGGACAUCUUGACGAACCAUCAGGGCGAGAUGACUCCGGACGAGAAGGAAGCGACGCACAUCAUCUAUUCAGCGGUCGAUCCGUUGCCUGGCUCACGUUCCGCCGGAACAAGACGACGUGAUCCACCGGUAUUACUUUCCGGAGUUGUUCGUGGGUUUCGAAUACGUGCGAUUGCGGACAACAUUCCGGACUGUCCGCAUUCGCCUGGGGACAUCCGGCAUCGUCUCAGCGUUGACGAUCUGUGUCCGCCGGGGACGAGAAGUCAAGAAAUCGGGCAAAUUGACUCACCAGAAGCGCAAACGUUUGCCGUCGCCCAAGCCAAGAGCGGUAAGCGCAAGAGUGCCCGCUCUUCGGCCGUUUUCCUGAAGAAACCACGCGCCGACGACGAGGAUUCGCAAGAUUUGACGAAAGACUUUGACAACCCACCGGCGGAAACAAACUGGAUCGAGGUAAAAGCAUGCUCGAGCAACUCGGCGUUCGGCCCGGCCACACCGCAGCCGCCCAAACGUGAACCGGAGAUGAUGCUGUUGAAGUUCGCCACGAUAACCGUUCUGGACAAUGCGGAUCGCGUCUGAAAUAAUACCAGGCUGGCACUAUCAGCGACAACAGCAACACACAGGAAAAAGAGGACCUCGAGGACACCGUUAACGAGCAGACGCAUCACAUUGUCGUCUUAUCAUAUUCGGCUUGGUUCGAUUACAACACGAUUCACAUAGUUGAGAAGAGCGACCUUAUUUUACUGAUUAUGUUUAUAUUUGUUAUUCGAUGUAGAUUCUAUGUAUGAAAUUAAAGAUUAUUUUAGGGGGUUCGGGAUUUGGUUAGCGGGUGACAAAAACGGCUGCAGCUGCAACUGGUCAUGGUCAAGUGGUCACACUUUGUCUCAAAAGUCUAAAGCCACAAUUGGUAACAGCAGUAGACACACACUAAGGUUCCACAAAGCUAGUUGUUCUGAACAUAGAGCCUGCCCUAAUUCGUCAUAAUCCGGCCAAAUAUUCUCUCCAAACUCUUCACCACCAUCGGAUAAGUUAUUUCACAAGCUUCCAAAAUUAUCAAACUUUUAAUGAUCCUGUUUAUCUACUUUCUAUAAUUUCGACGUCUUUAUACCAAGAUCUCUCCGUCAGCCAAUCGCCAAGAGACUGCAGGACCGAAACGACCUCGAGAUCACCUUCGUCGGGUCAAAAAGUUGGAGAGAGCGAGAGAGAAACGCGAGUAAAAUGAGCAUGGCGACGGCUGUCACGCGAGUGGUAAACCGAAUUUAAACUGUAUGGGGGAAAUUGGCACGACUCACCUCUCGCAGGAGUCAUUGGACAGCUUUGUUUGAAACGGACCACGGUGCCCCCAGAGAAUGCAAGUUUUCAUCGCGUUGCACCAUCUUCAGCCAGUGCAUUUCCGACGCGGUAAUAAUUUUCGAGUGCAGCUAAGGAGUUGAGCUUUCCACGCAGCGUUUAAGUUUACAUGUGUGUGUGCACAAUCUUCCUUACGAAAUUACACCGAUCGCUCGACGGCCUCAGAAGAGCUCAAACUUCAACGCUUGAUUCUGGUGGAACUUCUACGUGAGCGACUACAGUGCGAUUCUUUGGCUCCACGCAUCCUCAUGCUACUUGUCUGCAAAAUCUCAGUUAAGCGGUCAAGCUGGCCAAGAUCAGGACGAAUUUGCGAACACCGAGAUUUUUACCCAAACGACCGUGACGAAGAAAUACCGCAAGAUCAGUUUCAGGAAAACACGAAAUCCGUCUCCCAGCCUGGAGUUCCACAUCCUGGUACAUUGUGUCUGUGUUCCUAUUAAUAUGAAUCGUAUCAAAUUCUAAAAGAUUGUAAUGAUGCUUGUUUAAAUAAUUGCAUACAAUUUUUUUUUGAUUAAGAGAAACAUUACUUACAAUGCAUU